AUGACGCCGCGCACCACCGACCCCGUCCGCCUCGAGCUCGCUCGUCAGUUCCGCGCUCGCCUCUCCGUAAAGCGCGAUUACGACAGCCUCCAUGAACAAUGCCCGUCGCACCUCCAGCAUUUCGAAACUUCCCCCGAGGCCGCGACCAAUGCCGCUCACCGACACAUUCAUUCCAUCUUUCCCUUUACCGAAGUCCCGCACCACUGGUUCCGCCUGUACACCGAGGGUAGUUGUUGGCAAGCUGUCGAGAUACUCGAGGCUAGGGGCCGCAAGCGGUCGCAAGACUGGCUCUUUGACAUUGUCAAUGUCUUAGACCGGGCGAAGAUCAUAGCCGGUGCCGUGGGCAGGCUUGAGGACAUUGAGUGGCUUUUUGCCCGGCUUACCGAGGCAGAUAGCCCCAGGGAACCAUCCAGCCCUCAGCAGGCGCCCAACCCUACCAUUGUGCGCACUCCUGAGCAGAAAUCAAGCUCUACGGAAGUACGAGGCCACAGAAGGGUGCCUACCCUUGACUUCGAUGUCCCGGACAGAUUUCCCGACCAUACUCUUCAUGCACCGAAUCUCCGCUUUCCAAUCCCCAGACGCCACAACUUAAGUAUGACAACUUUCCAGGAACACUUAGACAUCGCGAAAGCGAAAAAGGCUGAUGAUGUCGACCUACCGACUCCUCUUGUUCUUACUGGCGCCCUGGAACACUGGCCUGCCUUGUCUGAGCGACCAUGGAGCGAUCCGCACUAUCUACUUAGCAAGACGCUUGGAGGGCGUCGUCUUGUGCCAAUUGAGACCGGAAAGCACUACAUGGCUGCUGGCUGGGGCCAAGGCUUAAUCUCCUUUGGAGAAUUUAUGGAGGAGUAUGUUCUGAUCGAGCUUCCAGACAGUGAUGGCGAAGCCGCUGCUGACGAGAGUAUAAGCAGCGAAAGCUCUUCUGGUGGAAAAACUGGUUAUCUCGCGCAGCAUGACCUCUUCGCCCAAAUCCCGUCAUUGCGCGCUGACAUCGCCAUUCCUGACUACUGCCACACGGACGCGCCACCUGCUCCGCCUCCACCUUUCGUCAAUCGUGUUGACAAAGUCGAAGAGCCCCAGUUGAAUGCCUGGUUUGGACCCGCAAACACCGUAUCACCUGUUCACACUGAUCCAUACCACAACAUAUUCGCGCAAGUUGUCGGCAGCAAGUACGUGCGCCUGUACGCGCCGAGCGAGCGCGAGAACCUGUAUCCCCGGCGCAACGGCCAGGACAUUGUACCCAUGGAGAACAACAGCAACAUUGACAUUGGCGAGAUUGGCAAAGCGAAGCCGAUGGAUCAGCGCGAGUUUGAUAAGCUCGAGAAGCGGCGUCGCGUGUUCGAGGAGAAGUAUCCCAGGUUCAAGAAUGCGAAGUACGUGGAGACGGUCCUGGGACCGGGCGAGUGUUUGUAUAUCCCCAUUGGCUGGUGGCACUAUGUCAGGAGCUUGAGCCCGAGCUUCAGUGUCAGCUUCUGGUGGAACUGA